ACUGAGGACGUAAGCAAUACAACUCAACAAUAUUAGAGGCGGAGAAACCCUUUCAUCUCAAGAACUGUGUGUUCUGGACCUUCUGGUAUCUUACUUAAUUGUUUGGCUGCUGAGAAAACUGAAGAAAUCAGAAGAAACUUCAAAAGAACAAAAACAAAGACACACUCAAACACCACAAAAUGCAGUGAGAGAAGAUUGUGACAUAGCUGCUUCCUUGUUUAAGAUAACUUUCGACAACUUCUCUGCUUUGUUUCUCACCGAUUAAUAAUUCGCGCUUAUGGCAGACUACAUUUUGAGGAACAGGUCGAGCUGUCUUUUAACAUGGGAAACAAACCUGUGAAGAAGCAGGAAAGGGAAGAGAUCAUUUUGAAGGUUGUUCCUCCGUUGGACCGUGCAUAUGUUAGGUGGCUUACUCGGGAUCUCGAAAGGAUUCAUGGCUUUGCUCCGGUAAAUCCUCGUGCUAUAAGGCCCCCGGAUCAUUAUAUAGAGUAUAUGUGCUUGAACGGUUGGUUGGAUGUGGACUUGAAUGAUCCUGACAUUGCCCACUUAUUCAAAAACUGAUGUUAAUUUUGUACUUUGAACUGUGGAAAUAGACUUUGUUAUGCUAUGUAGAGAGAGAGAGUUAAUUGGUCUUUUGGCAUUUGUCAUG